AUGGACACGUUCUCACGACUUUCCUCAGGAGGGUACUCCCUGGCCGGCACGAGCGUCAUCAGCACUGUAGAUAUGCAUACAGGAGGACAGCCAACACGAAUCAUCGUGCAAGGAUAUCCCUUCUUGGAGGGUGAUACUCUGCUAGAGAAGAGACUGUACGCGAAGGAGAAGGUAGAUGGACUGCGGCAAAGAUUGAUGCGGGAACCGAGGGGGCACAAGGAGAUGUACGGUGCGAUCCUCGUUCCGGAGACGGAGAAGACGAGAUGUGGGGAGGCGGAUAUAGGUGUCUUGUUCUGCCAUAACGAGGGGUACUCUACGAUGUGCGGGCAUGCCACCAUCGCGCUCGGGCGAUUCCUCAUCGACACGCAAGAUGAGGCCGUGUUCCCGCGGCGCAAGCAGGUAGCAUUCGACGCGGCCAAGCGGGAAUACAAGCUCCGGCUGCACGCGCCGUGUGGGGUCGUGGACGUGACCGUGCCGAGUGUGCUCGAAGACGACGGACGGGUGCGCUCGGAUCCCGAGCGCGAGGUGCAGUUCGUCAGCGUGAGGAGCUUCACGGCAGCGACGGACGUGGUGAUCGAAGUGCCCGAGGAGCGACUGUGGCCCGCGCUGCGCGGCAGCGGACGACGCGCGGUCAAGGUGGACGUGGCGUACGGCGGAGCAUUCUACGCGAUCGUCCAGGAACAUGAGCUGGGCUUCGGACGCGUCAGAGACGGUGGCGUCGAGUUGCAGAAGCUGAACGAGGCGACCGCGGUAGUCAAGCAGCUGGUCGGUGCGAGGAAGGAGCUGUUCCAGGGCCUGGGGCUCGAGCGCGACCUGGAGUACCUGUACGGGGUGAUUGUCGUCGAGGAGGGGGAGGGCCGGGCAGGACUGGGCGGGCUGGAGGGGAGGCUGGGCGUGUGCUUCUUUGCAGACCAGCAGGUGGACAGGUCGCCGACGGGAUCGGGCGUCUCUGCGCGCGUGGCACUGGCGCGCGCGAAGGGGCUGCUGGGCGCGGGGGAGCGGGUGCGGUUCGACUCGGUGCUCUCUGCGCGGCGGGGCAGCGAGGCCGGGGCGUUCGUCGGGAGCGAUGCAGGCGCGGGGAGGGUGCGCGUCGAGGGCCGGGCGUUCUACACGGCGGCGUCUGCGUUCGCGGUGGAGGACGACUUCUCGCGCCAAGGCUUCCUUCUCUGA